UCAAAUGGAAUGCAAAAGUGUAUACGAUAAAUUAGCAAUUCAGCACAAUAUUAUUUAUUUUGAAAAUAACUAUUUACAAAAUUAAAACGAAUUCCAUUAUUGAAUAUGUCUGCAUGCAAAAAUCCAAAACCCGAGCUAAUAGCCAUAUAUCGCCUUGAGUUUUAUAAAAAACAGAAUAAUUGGAAACUAAGUCCAACCCGUAAAGAGAGGAAAUCAUGUGGAAAAUCUUCAGAAAAGAAAAAAAACCUGAAUGUGACUUAUGAUCUUGACCAUCAUGAUGUAGCUGAGCGAUCAGAUCCACUCAAUGUGGCCUUUGUAGAUUCUGACUCAGACAAAACCACACAAACUAAAUUAUUGCCAGUAUAUUCUGAUCAAAGAAAUAAGGAGCUUUCACAGGAAUGGCUCGAACCAGUUAACAUUUGGCCAAGAGCUCUGCCUUCGGAAGAUCCACCGAAAUCUUCCACGAUUGAAAAGGAGAAGAGUUUAAUAUGGAACAUUCAAACAGAUAGUAAUGAUAAUUUUGUAGAAAGAAUAAAUUCUACCCAAAAACUUAAAACUUGUACUCGUAGGAGAUUAGAAGAGUUACAGAAAGCAGCAAGAUCAGAAGAAUUCACGAUAGAACAAGCGAACAAUGAAGGAGACGCUUUUAAAGAUGAUUACCAAGAGGGUUCAGAAUUAAAAACUUCGUGGGUAGAUAGAAAUGUUGAUUCGAAAUGGAAAGCGGAAUGCUAUCAAGAAUUGCCGACGGACGCUGGAGCUGUGUUAGAUUCUGGACACACAGCUCAAGAUAUUUGGACGCAAGCACCAGAAGCGGAUGUACCAGAUGGGUUCGAUUAUCCUGAUGUCAUUAAUCCAGAGGAUUGGAGACCUCGACUAAUGGACGGUGGUCAUUGGACAUCAGAGCGCUCGUGCGAGGGCUCGGUGGACAGCGAGGGCGAGUUCGUGCGCGGGGCGCACGCCGCGCCGCACUCCUCGGAGGCCGAGCUCGCGCUGCCCGCCGGUUUGAACACACUGGACGUGAGUUUCUCAUCAUUGUCGCGACUGUCGUCGUCGCAGUUGAUGGUCGCCGCACGUCUGCACUCGCGCGUGUUGCGCAGACUGCUGCUGGAGAGCGAGCAGAGACAGAAAUUAAGAAACAUGGCUUCUAUGAACAGCAUCUCCGGGGGCAGUUUUGAUGAAUACCCCACGAGGGACAUCGGCCUUUACGACUCGGGGAGUAGAGACAAUAGUUGCGUGAAUAGACAUAUAUUCUAUAAUGAUGUAUUCCUUGCUGGUUCCUAUAAGAAUGUCUGUGCUGAGGAACGAGGAAGAGGGAGGGGGAGGCUGAAUGAAACCUCCCUAUGGAGAUAAGGCGUUUAUUCAUUCAACUUACAAAUGUCCAAAAUCUGUUUAUCUGGUAGUACGUUCAACUAUUUCGGUUGAAUUUAUUUUUGAUGAGCAUUGGAUUUAUGAGCCCAAAUUUAUAUAGAAGUAAAAGAUUACUUAAAUUAAUAGUGAAAUAGUUUUUUUUGUUUUUUUUUUUUAUGUUUACAGUACAUCUGUUUUCUCAUUCUGUAAAAGAAAAGUUAAAUUCCAAUAAAAAAUGAUUUGAUUAUUUGGUACGGACAGCAAAAAUAUUGAUUACCUAAGUAAUUGCUAAAAUUUCGUUAAAUUAUUAAUUACAUUAUAUUGUCUAUAAUUAAAUUAAUUUUGUGCACGUUUUGGUAUUAUUAAAUUAGCUUAUGCAAAUAUAAAAACUUAUUUCGUUGAUCCUCAUACUAAAGUUGUCACUUUCGGUAAUCGUUUAGGCUUAAAAACUGUUUUUCGAACCGUAUAAGAUAUGACAGAGAUGUGAAUAGCGUGCAAGUGAGAUAGCAUGAUAUAUGUAUAAUCAUUUUAUUGACAAAUUUGAAUUUGUUAUCACCUAAAACGAAUUCAAUGCGACACAAGUCGCAAAUAUGUAAAUUAAAAAUGUUUACAAAACACUAAGAAAUUUAAAAUCGAAUAAGCUACAUAUUAUCUAAAAUAGCUGUUUACAUUUGGUCUCUGCGCACGCGCAUAUUCCUAACAAAGUUUAUGUUAUUGACAAGUUAAGACUGAUUUUCCAUAUUAGUAAUAAAUAAAUACUUAAUUAUAAACGAUAUCUUAAUAAUGCAGUUCUGACUUUUGAGAGUCAGAGGUCAGUUAUACCGAAAAUAAACAAUCAAGUGUAAUCUCAAGGUCAGUUGUUGUAUAUCAAGGUCAGUAAAAGGUUAGUUAGCAAUAUUUUUACUUAAAUAGGCUUUUAUAUCAGGCCCUAGAUACAUAGUAUAAGAGGUCACGAAUAACUCUCUGGGAUGUUCAAA